AUUUGCUGGCCGCGGCGGCCGCAGUUGCGCGAGACAACCUGCCCGGAGUACCUUCUUCUUGAUAUCAGGUCCAGCCUCUUCACCAACCGAUAUCCGACAAUCCUGUGUCGCCACUGAUCAAUCCAGACGGCGCACGUGCCGUAUCCAUAGUGAUCCCGCCAAUCCUUUACGAAAUCUUCGAUCGAAAGAUCGAUCGGUCUAUUGUUUACAUCAAAUACUUUAGUGAAAUUUUACAACGUUUCUACAAUGAUAAUUCGUCGCUCCUGUGUUUCUCUUAUCAAGUUCUGCCGUUGAAACACAGCAUCCUACAAAUGUACAAGAGAUUAGUGUGAUACUGAUUAGAGGUUAAGAAGAUAGAAACACAAGAUAAUCGAAUGUGGGAAGAGUAUGGAGCUCUGGCUACGUCUACGUUUAGAGAAGAUUUAUACAUACCCAAUGUUUAUCGCUAUUAUUUUGGUGCGAAAGAUGUCAAAUGAUUCGUAAAUCUGUGCCCUAGGACAAGUCUUACAUUAUUGUCGUCUGUUCGGGAACGAGCUCAAUAUUGUUAUACCAGAAACAUAACAUGCACUAUGUAUUAAUAGUAUGUGUGCAAUAACAAUAUAUGCGUAAUAGUGUAUACUAAUAUAGAAAUUUGUUUUUAACGAGAAGAUAUAGAUAUAUACAUACAAAUCAUACGAAUUUUCCUGGCAUUAGUUACUAUCUGAUAUUGAAAGUUCACUGGAUAAAACUCCAUGGGAUUAACUAGUGUUGUUAUUCCUAAAACGUAUAGUAUACAUAUGUAUAGAUAGUAUAUGUAUAAUAGGACUAUACGUAUGAUGAUAUAUACUGCUAUAAAAAUCUGUUUUCAACGAAAAGAUUUAUAGUAGAUGCAUAAUAUUAUAUGCAUAUAGAAGGAUCGUAUGAAUUUUCCUCAUAUCAAUUGUUAUUUAGUAUUGAGGAUUAACUGGAUGGGACGCGGAAACCGUAUACUUGCGGCCCGCCGGAGGUGCAUCGUGAUUAUGUGACAGUUUUGUGAACGUGAUUAAAUUGACCUCGAUACAUUGUGGACAUCCGUGCGGUGCGUUUAAUUCCGAACUGUGUUUUCGCUGCUUUCCACUCAAUUCAUCGUUUUCGAUGACACCUACGAAUUUAUAAAAAAAAAGAAAAAAACGAUGUUUCGUGUAAAACCUGAUUAGAUCUGGAAGAAAUCAUCGUUUCAAGUUGGAGGAAAAAGAAAAAGAUUAUAUCUUUUUCUUUUCUUAUCGAGAAGACGAUCGAUGGUCAGCGUGUACGGAGUGCAGCUCGCAUUUUAUCGUGGACAUCGUCGCAGUGACAGCAGGGGCUCUUUGGUGAUGUACGACAGCGCUAGCUGUUCGUACGCAGGUGCGCUCGAAUUAAAGGGAGCCUCCGGGGCCGGAGCCGCGGCCGCGGCCGCAGGAGUAACCGCGGCCGGUGUUAAGCAGGAGAAUUGGCCGUACCGUGGCCUGACCUGCGGUAGCACCUUCCAGAGGCUCAAGGAGAGCGUCGACAAAGCGAAACAGGCGCUCGCCGACCGCGGUGGAUAUCUAUCCGGUGCUUUCUCGCCGCCACCACGUGCCAAUCCAUCCGCCAUUUCACCAACCGCGUCUAUCACCGAUGCCAGCAGUUCGUACAAAGGAGGCUGGAGCCACGCCACGUCGCCAGCUCCUGGACAGGGAUACGGAAGCAGCUUAUCCAAGUCAGCACUGGACACGCACACCCACCUCAGGCAGCCUGAUCCCUAUCAAAUGUUCGGAGCGACGAGCAGUCGGCUCGCGAGCUCCGGUUCCGGUCAGAUUCAGCUCUGGCAAUUUUUACUCGAGCUACUGUCAGAUUCGAGCAACGCCGCGUGCAUUACGUGGGAAGGAACCAACGGCGAAUUUAAGUUGACUGACCCUGACGAGGUGGCGAGACGUUGGGGCGAAAGGAAGUCCAAGCCUAAUAUGAAUUAUGACAAAUUGUCGAGGGCUUUGAGAAAAGAACCUCGAUCUUCUACAAAUUUCUUCAAACUAACUCUCAACUGGCAUUAUCGAACCACAGAAGAAAUCUAUGUUAAAUUUCCAGAUAGGUACUACUACGACAAGAACAUCAUGACGAAGGUCCACGGGAAGAGGUACGCGUACAAGUUUGACUUCCAGGGCCUGGCGGCAGCGACGCAGCCCGCAGCUGCGGACCCAGCCGCGUAUAAAUACCAAAGCGAGUUGUUUAUGUCCGGUUAUGGGCACGCGAAGUUAAACCUCAUGCCGCCACCGGCCGCCUCCGUGUCGGUCUCCGUUCCAGGCGGCCUUUUCCAAUCGGCCUCCAGCUACUGGUCCACGAGUCCGGGUGCCAACCUGUAUGCGGGACACCACACGGCCUCUGGCCAUGUGCCGCCUCAUCUGGGCACCUAUCCGCACUACGCAUGACCCACCGCCGAGCACUGGGGCGCCCUGGGUACGCCACGUUAACAAGUUUCUACUCGAGGGAAUUUAACCGACCGCCGCCAUCGCGGUCUACGUGUGCCGUCGGUCCGUGGAUCCGCAAAUAGACCACACCUUUUGCGAUUGCACUAUCCUGCUGUAGUGGUUGGUGAUGUCGUUUCAUCUGUCCUCUUGCAAUUUUUGUUUCUUUGAUAAAUAUUUAUAUCCUUCUUUGGUUCCAUUGAAUUCUUAAUUUUCUCAUUGCCUUUGCUUGGCCAGAAAGUGGAUAAUGAAGUGAAUAGAGAAAUCUUAAAGUAUUAAUGUAACCUGUGAAAUUUUAGACAAAUAUUAAUUGUAUGAUUUUAUAUAACAUGUAGAUAAGACAUGUGCAACGUGUAUUAGAGAAUUGGAAAGGUAUGUAUAUGAAUAAUUAUGUUUCGGUAUCUGGGCAGAUAUCGCGUGUACAGAUAUUAGAGAAUAUUAUAUGCGUAUUAAUAUGUGCAUAAGAAUACGUGUGUAUUUACAUAUUCAGAUAGUUUAAUUCGUGUAUGUUUUAAUACGUGAACGUUCUAACAUCUAAUUUUUUGUCUCAACGAUUAUGUACUAUAUAUCGGUGUGUCUAAGAAAUACAGCGACCAAGUAAUGACAUACACGACGAAAUUAUAUUUUUAGAAAUCUCUAAGUUACAGAUAACAUUGACAAUUUUUUCUCUAAAAAUCCAGUUCUCUUGGAGGACGGAUCUCCUCUGAACAAUAUUAAAUGAAUCAAUCUCCUGUUUCAGCAUAUAUAAUAUCCUAAUAUAAUAUUUUAAUAUAUAUUCUUUCUUAACGCACGUUAAUUAAAAAAAUGACGCGAAUUAAACUAAAAUACGUUAAUACAUAUAACGCACAUAUAUUUAAAUAAACAUGUAACGCAGACCUCUAUCGGAAAUUAGCUAUUUCAUAAUAACAAUAGAAUUUUUGUAUUGAAAAUUGGCAAUUUUCAUAGUAAAAUCAUGACAAGAAAAUCAUGAUACAAAGUGAGAGUCGUUCCAAACUCGUAGAUUCCUUGAACACGUAUCGAGCAGCAUGUAAAACACUGUUUAUUAUAAUAUUCUCCCUUGCGUGACCACUGGACAAUGCAAAUAUUCAGUGACAUUCCUGCAAGACUGAAUGGUUUUGUUCGUGGAUUUGAUAGAAGAGAAUACAUUCCUACUUGAGCAUGAUAGAGGUUCCCUGAAAGAUAGAACAACGUUGAAAUUUUUAUCUUUCGUUCUAAUCUUUCCUAAGUUUAUUGCUACUGAAAGAUAAAAUUAUAAUUUUACGCAAAACAAUGUUCGAAAGCUAUGGUUUUACUAUCAAAUAAAAUACUUGCUCACGGCUUAAAUAAUCUACUCCAGUUGAUAUUUAAGUCAUGAAACUUUCCGUUUCAUCCGACAUCAAGGUGCACGUGGACAGAUUAAAUGAUCAAACUAAUCAGCAAUAUCAUAGUCGCUGUCACGACCAGCCGAUCUGGUUCCUUAGCAGCAAACAGCGACCAAUUUAAAUUACUGACGCGAAACUGACGAUCACGCGAGACCACUCUGCCCCCAAAAGCUUUCGUUCACGACCGACGGUGCACUCGAAUUAUUGUAAGAACAUUGUACAUACAAUAUAAUGGAUUACGUAAGUACAGGGUACGUUCACAAGACGAUUCUCGUCAGUCGUUUUAUCUCGACGAUAUCCAGUACCAUCAUUGGCAGUAAAGUUUGUAUAAUACUAUGGAAAUAUAAUUUAUAUCUGAAUUACUCAAGUUUCAUUCCUAAACACAAAGAAUUUUCGUUUUCUAUUAUCUAUCUAAUUUUGCUAAAAGUUAUUACGAAUAAAACAUAGUUCAAUUCCAUUGUAGAUUUUACAAGAAUUAGAAAAACAUUAGACCACUCAAAGUAUCAAUUGUUUUAUACAUAAUUCUUUGAAUCAUUAUUCAUAACUUGCUGUUGUCAUUAUUUAAUAUUAUUUAAUAAAAUUUCCAAUUUAUUAGGAUUAUUAUUAUUUAGAAUAUGUAACUGUGAAUUAAUAUCUGUGGAAAGAUUCUACGUUCUAUAUUCUAAAUAAUAGUAAUCGUUAGUAAUUUUUAUCAUUUGAAAUGUUAGUACGUAGUUAAUUUUCUAAUACAAAGAUCCAAGUAGCAGCUUUCCAAUGUAAUUCAAAUGAAUUGUAAUUUUUUCACUCCAAACAUUGAAUUCUAGAAUCAUUGAUUCGUUUUCAACAAUCAUGCAUGAUAACGCCGCGAUGAACCGCGUGUCGAGAAUUAUCCUGUCCGAAAGGACGUCGCCUUGUACGCGAAUAACUAACCGGCGUACUUCCGCAGAGAAACGUCGGUGUUUCCGACUGGAUGGAAUCGAACAUGCGCAUUUUAACAAGGAAUAUCUCCGUACAGAUGCACGAUCGAGCAAUUUUGAGAACGGUUCGUCGAAUCAACGAUGAUGACAAUGAACCACAUGCGAGCAUCAUGAUGGUCGACGAUAAUCGAACAUCCAAAUAAGCUUGAUCGUUCUUGGUGAGAAAUGUUUACAUGUUCGAUUCGGGUCAAGAGCAAUGCGUGUAUUAUAAACUCUUUUAACUUAUUUGUUACAUAACGAAAAUGUAGAUAGAGGAACCGCAUGUCGUCGUUCAGAAGAAAAAUUCAUCGCGAGUUACGUUGCUCGCGUUGUUGGCGCGGAUUCAAAGGACACGCCGCGUUCAUUCAGCGACCAAACACUAUACAUGUAUAUGUGUAAUAGAACUCCAUUUAUCUGAAUUUCAUUUAGUCGAACGAGAUUAUAAUUAAAAUCUUCUUUGCUAUUUAAACGUGAAUUCUAAUUACUUAAGCGAGAAAAAAUAAGUUAGUAGAGAAUCAGUAAACUUCUAUCGCUUAAUACAAUAAAAGAGAAAGAUCUAAGAUCUUAGGAGCCUACGGUUAAAUAGUCAACGAGAGUCUAAGAUUUUAUUUAUUCGAUAUAGAUUUUAAAAUCUAUUUCAUCGAUAUAAACAUGAAGCUUGCUGGACAAAAGAUAUUCAAUGUCUCUCUUCUAUUUCAAUGGAAAACUCGUAUUUUUUGGAUCACAGAUCAAUAUUUUAAUUUCUUCACUGUCUUAGAUCGAACGACAUUUUCUACUCGUAGUGAUAAGUUAAUAAGUAGAGUAAACUCCUAAUCGCUCUCAGGUUCAGAUAAAUGAAGUUUUAUCAUUACAACCUUUCCUUCUCGCGAUCUUUGUGCGAUCACGAUUUCACAACGAAGUACGACGCGUGUUUCAGUGCCGUGGAAAAGACAAAACCGCGAGCGACCAACGAAAUUCCUACGAGGAUCUUAUGCAACCGUGAAGUCUCAUUUCUAAUUCAGCCGGUGUAGUAGAUACGUAUAGAAAUAUGUUUCUCUUGAUCCUAGGAUGACUCCUCUGAGAUUAUUUAUUUAUAAUGGUGGUAAUGGUAAUCACAAAUAUUUAUCAAAAUGAAUAUUUUCAAAAAAUAACAUUCUAAACAGACAUACGUUCACGCAAUCCCUGUAAAAGUGAGAAGUUUAAACGUUUUUCCAACAUUUACAGAAUCAAUGGUUACGAACCAAAUACAUAACGGUUUACUCACAUAUAUUGAAAAUUCAUUUUCUCAAGGACAAGGAAUUAUUGGAAACCAAUAUUCCUAGCCUUUCCGGAGUUUAUUUUCCUCGAAAAUCUCUGCAUUACUAACGUCAAUGAUAACAUACAAUCGGUGUCGAUCUCAGAAGUGAUUCCAGAAUCAGCAUAACGUGUUGUUCUUUGCCACAAGCCAAACGCUAUUAGAGAAACCAUUAAACGAGCGACAAAUCCCGGGAGAACACAGCACAUCCAUCAAUCCAACGGAAGCUCGAGUCGCAAUUAUCGAGAUUGAUAAAGUACAACGUUGAGUCAUAUCAGAACCGAACGUACGAAAUCCCGAGCCGUGCUCACCACGUCGACUCUCACCGAUCAAUCGAGAGAUGCGGUCGCUCUAUCUAUGUACAAAACAUAGGGGUAAGUUUCCAAUGUACGCAAAUCGUGGAUCCUUAGCCGGCAAAACUAAUAAAACUGAGUAAAACGAAUAAGAUGAAUAAAUUAAAGAAAACAGGUACAACAAGGAAGGAAAAAAAGACAAAAAUAAGUAAAAAAAGAUGGUUCCACGAAAGAGAAGAUCUGGCGAGCGGUGACUUACCCCUUACUGUGGAAAGGUGUACCUCUGUCGAAGAAGCGAGUAACUCCUUAAGUCGUAUACUGUAUCAUACCAUUCGUAAGACGUAAGCACCCAUAGAAUUACUCUAACGAUUUAGUCGUAAUCAAAACCUGUCGAGCGUUCCUCGGUUUCGACUAAGAGGAUCGUUCUCUCCGGGACGAGAAAACGACGCUCGCCCCGUCCUCUUCAUUUUUUCCAAAGAAACUAAAAUAAGAAAAAUAUAUAUAUAUAUAUAAAGUAACGAAAUGAAAUGCAACAAUGGGAAAGAGAAAAAAGAACAAAAAAAUUAAAAAGAAAGUGACUCCGUGGGACGUCGACGGGCCUCUAAUGUAGAUAGGGUGUUUUCAUGUGUAGCGUAGGCGUGUAGAGAACAUAGUCUUAGCGCGAGAAUGUACAUCAGAAUGUAUUUCGAUUGCAAUGUGUCCUCCUGUGUGACUCUAUUGUACGUGUACGUAUAUGUAUGUGUGUGCAUACCAUGCAUGCAUGCGUGGGAGAGAGAAAGAGAGAGAGAGAGAGAGAGAGAGAAAGAGAGGGUGAGACUGGAAAAAGGAAAAGAAGAUCGCGUACGAUACCACGGAUGAGUGGAGUAAGUGGUAAAAAGAGGAGUGGGCGUGAUUCGCACAAACUGGAACAUUGGGAUGAUAAUAAUAACAAUGACGAUGGCGACGAUGACAAUGAUGGAUGAGAGAGGGCGAAGGGUGUUUGACACUAGCAUAGACCGCGUUAGGCUAGGUAGAUAAGCGACCCCUUCGAGAGGAGAAAAAAUGAGUUUCGUCAAGAAAGACAAAAAAAUAUCGUGUAAUACGGACCACGAUGUAGCAAGGUUGUGAAAAUUUGUCAAGAAUUCAAAUAAUUCUUAAUGUCAAUUCGAGGGAAGAGAAUUAACAGAUAUAUCACACAUGGACCUGAAAUCUCAACCCAGAGCUAUAUGAAAAAAUGUUUAAUACAGAGCCAAGAUACUGCUUAAAGUACAUUAAAAUAAUAAUUUAUACUUCCACCAUAAUUUCUCUUUCUAGAUUAUCAAAAUAGUAAAAUAAUAAUUAGCUGGAAUAUCGUUAAACCUGGUUCAUAUUACUCAAAUUACCUGAAUCCAAAUCACUUGAAUUAAGAUAAAUUGACUAAUCUGAACGAGGUUAUUAGUCCCGUCAUUUUCAUUUUAUUUUGCGUAAAUCUAAAAUAUGCAAUUAUACAAUCCUAAAUGAAUCCGUAGUCAUAGUAAAAAGAAGUCUUAUGUUGGAAGAUAAAGUGGAAAUAAACAGUAACCUCGAUAUCAAUUAUCUCGUAAAUUAUUAACUAUCUCCACCCAAAAUUGAAUAUUACUAAUAAAUAGCUUCAGCUUUCCAAGCUCUACAAUUAUGCAAAGGUCCAUAAACAAAGUCAAAGUGGCACCUCGUAUCUUCUCCUUAUAAGAUAUCAAUCAUUGCAGCUAUUUGAUGGUCUUGAUUUACAACCUCGCCAUAUCGUGGCCCGUAGGUCGCGAGAAACAGUGGUAGCAGAAAGAUGGAAUCGUGAAACGGGACAUAGAUGAAAGAAGAGCCGAAGCAGUGUAAGCAGAAGAAGAGCAGCGGGGGGUGGGAAGGGGCGCUGUUGUUGUUCUUGUUGUCGUGCGCUUGUAUUAAAGUCGCCAUGUUCUAAUUAAACGUGCCGACGGGGUUGUAUCAGUCGUCGGCAAAAUCAA